UUCAGUAGACUCGGCCAUUUCUCUUACGAAGCGUAGCAACUCGUUCGGCCGCGACAUUUUUUUCCCACUGACGACCGUGCGGGUAUUCCCGGAAGCUUUGCAAAAUAACGCGACGCAAAAGGAUGAUACACUCCGGGCGCACCAGGCUCGAGAAAAAAGUAAGUCGCGUGGGCGUAGGAGGAGGGGGCCAGGUCGGGCAAGGGGUGCAACCGGUCGAGGAGUCUGGUGCAAGUGGUCAGUGGUGGAGGCAACAGCAUCCAUCGUAUCAUCAUCAUCAUCAUCACCAACACCAUCACCAUUAUCACCAUCAGCCCGGUUAUUACACGUCGCAAUCGCACACUCACAACAAUCCUGUCACUACCAUGAAGCAGUCUUACAUGCAGCUAACAUGGGUGUUUCAUGACGACGAGGCGCAGAUAAAUAAGAAACUGCCAAAAGAAUUGCUGCUUAGAAUUCUCUCGUAUCUGGAUGUGGUGUCGCUAUGCCGGUGCGCGCAAGUAAGCAAAGCCUGGAAUGUAUUGGCGCUAGACGGAUCCAAUUGGCAGAGAAUCGAUCUCUUCGAUUUCCAACGAGAUGUGGAGGGAUCAGUUAUAGAGAAUAUAUCAAGACGAUGCGGCGGUUUCCUGAGGCAGCUGUCCCUCAGGGGAUGCCAGAGCAUCGGGAAUAAUUCCAUGCGCACGUUGGCUCAGUCCUGUCCCAAUAUCGAGGAGCUGAACCUGAGCCAGUGCAAAAAGAUCUCAGACGCCACCUGCGCGGCUCUCAGCAGCCACUGUCCGAAACUCCAACGAUUGAACUUGGACUCGUGCCCCGAGAUAACGGACAACUCCCUGAAGGAUCUCUCGGAUGGUUGUCCACUUCUCACUCACAUCAACCUGUCCUGGUGCGAAUUGCUUACCGACAAGGGAGUCGAGGCGUUGGCGAGGGGCUGCCCAGAACUCCGCAGCUUUCUGUGCAGAGGCUGCCGCCAGUUGACGGACAGGGCUGUCAAAUGUCUGGCACGUCGCUGCCCCAAUUUGGAGGCGAUCAAUCUACACGAAUGCAGGAAUAUAACGGACGACGCAGUCAGAGAACUGAGCGAACAGUGUCCGCGACUGCAUUACGUCUGCCUGUCGAAUUGUCCUAAUCUGACGGACGCAUCCCUGGUCACGCUGGCGCAACAUUGUCCACUCCUCAGUGUCCUCGAGUGCGUCGCCUGCACACACUUCACCGACGCAGGUUUUCAGGCUCUCGCGAAAAAUUGCAGACUACUCGAGAAGAUGGACUUGGAAGAGUGCCUUUUAAUAACAGACGCCACCCUCAUUCACCUGGCCAUGGGCUGUCCGAGAUUGGAGAAACUGAGUCUAUCGCACUGUGAGCUGAUCACCGAUGAAGGCAUCCGGCAGUUGGCUCUCUCGCCGUGUGCGGCGGAACAUCUGGCGGUGCUGGAACUGGACAACUGCCCCCUUAUCACAGAUGCCAGCCUCGAUCACCUUCUACAGGCCUGCCACAAUCUCGAACGCAUCGAGCUGUACGACUGUCAACUGAUCACCAGAGCUGGCAUACGUAGACUCAGAACACAUUUGCCCAACAUCAAGGUCCACGCGUACUUCGCACCCGUAACACCCCCGCCGAGUGCGGGCGCGUCUCGGCAACGAUACUGCCGGUGCUGCGUCGUUCUGUGAUUCCGCAUUCAAGUGACUCUGAUGUAAAUCGUCCGACGUACCACGCUAACGGUGGACAUUGUUUUGGUGAUCGCUGUGUUGCGGCGAUUGUGGGACCUUCUUCUCUUCUCUGGUUCGCCAGGCCGAGACUCCAGCUGGCCGCCUGCGUCGUCAACAGUAAGAGAACGAGCCUCGUCGUGAAUAAUCACGAAAUCCUUCGUGAAAUCUGUUCGAGCUACACACUCAACGAGUACAGUACAUCACAGUCAUUCACACGGUACAGAUACACGCGCGCAUACAUACACACACGUACACACAUACACACAGACACAGCCGCUACUGCAAUCAACUACUAUUAUCGCUGCUACUCUACCACUAGCCCGGUACCUAUAUACGCCGCUGUUGAACACUGUUUCGCGGUCGUUUAUCGUUUCUACUCGGAAAGACUCACACGUUGUUUAUCGAUAGCGCGCGUAAUCGCUGUCGUAAUUGUUCGCCUCGCUACGUGCGUCGAAACGAAGUUUCGCGAAGGAAAGAAAUUCCAGGCACUCGCUCUGGGGAUCGCUUACUCUUCUCGGUCACUCGUUAUAUACCGACACACCGCGACUAAAACAUGCAUAGCCGAGUGUCGUGCACGCGUCUCACAAACGCUCCGCUCCUAAAACGGGCCGACGUCUAUCGGACCAGCCCGUAUUUCUCGCGGUUGGAUGUUCCACCCGAUGCGUAAACAAAUGAAUAAUGGAAAAACGACAACCAUAUGUAUAUAUAUAUACACACACACACACACAUAUAUAUUUUUUUAGUCAAUGCAUCCUCUCUUCUGCUAUAGACGCUACUAUCGAAGAGAAACGCAGCGAUCCGUUCCGAACGACGAUGGGCGUCGCGUAAUCACGUCCAACGUCAGACUUUUCGAACACCGGGGAAUGUUGAUCCCAUUCGAACGUCUUUCGCGUUAACGUAGCCACUCGGUUUCCAAUCGAUAGACUGCUUUAUGCAUUCAUGGCAUUUAAUCUUAUGGAAAAUAUAUGCCAAAUGUCGUCUCCGGAAUAUAUGCACUUAUACUAAAUGAAACAUUCAUAUUACUGUUACUUUCUGAAAUACAGUCCUUUUUUAAAUAGACUCCCUUGUAACACAGUUCAUACGUUACGGGUUCUAUGAAAUCACGUUAUAGGAAAUCGUGUUAUACGAGAAUUUUCCUCGUAUAAGCGAAUAAUUUAACACGUGACCGUGACAAAGAACAAAAUAAACAAAAAUUGGUAGCGAUUUAGAUAACAAAAUAAAUUGGAAAAACGUGAAAUUUACGCAUCCAAAUAUACAACACACUAUAAAUCAUCGCACUAUCUGUAGCGCGUGAUAAAGACUCGUGUUAUAACGGAGGUUAACGUACAUUCUAUAUUCAUUUUGCAGGUGUUUUUCAUGUUAACAUGUCAUAAAUGCAUAAAAUCCGCAGUCUACCAAUCGAUGAUUCACAUGAGCGUAUGUAUGUGUGCGUGGGUGCGUGUGUGCGUUUGUUUCUGUAGCAGUUUCUCAACGAACACUGCCUGUUAUAAUGUUAUUAAUAUAAAGAAACAGAAAAUGCAAAAAAAUAUAGACGCAGAGGACACGAGAGCGUCGUAGGAAUCGCAGACUUUUUUGAAUCUCGUCGUGAAACCGUAGAUACCGUCGUUCGUUAGAAUACAUUGUACACCGUAUCUCCAGAAAGAAGGGGAACAAGAUCCUGGCCGCGUUCUGUUCAAGAUCACACGUGCGAUGGUAAGCGCCACCUGAUGGGUUUCUUUCCUUUCGCGAAAGCACGCGAAUCGCGAACAACAUACUUAACCAAAAUAGAAGCGAAGACUUCUCAAAAGAGAGAUACGAGAGGACAGGUACGCUAUUCGAAGCGUACAUCGCCCUCGAAAACUCGCGUUUAGUUGCUGCUGGCGUUUAGGCGGUGGCACGUUUCAGAUGAUGCAUUUUACGGUGAUUCGCGGACAGGCACAAACCAGCGUUGGGUAAAAUUUAAUCUACGAUUACGUUUACCGCGUAAUCGGGAAUUGUGAUCGAUUGUUAAUACUUUGAGUGCUGAGGAGGAAAUACAUUUUUCCUGUCGUGAACUCUGUCAAUUGAAUGUACAAGGUGUAACUACGUUAUAAUUGUAAUUCUUUUAAGCCAAAUUAAAUCACACGAAAUACUUAUUUUUAAACAUUCAUUAUUUUAUUAAUCAUAUUAAAAUGUAAUAUAAAUUUUAACUUGAAAAUAUAUUGACGAAUUUAAAUAUUUUAACGUAAUAAAUAUAACUGAAAGUAUGGAAAAGUUUAUAUUUAUAUUUUAAACAACAUAAUUGUGUCUCAAGCAUGCGGGAGAUCAAAAAGGUUAACAAACGUAUGUAUGCGUCCAUAGCCCACACUGAUAGCUUUCAUUGGACGCAUAUUUGCGACCACAGCACUCGAAGGGUUAACGAAUGAUCAGGCACGAUUUGCUUUGCAAUAUUACAAAGUACUGAUUUAUAAUUGCAGAUUGCAAAUGUAGUUUACGAUUACCGAUUGAUCCGUCAAUCACGAGUGAUUAUCACGAAAGUAAUCACGAAGUAAUCGCUGCCCAACUCCGAUACGGACACCGGUCUGCCUGCGAAUCGAGCCCCCUCUUCCCACAAAAAAAAAAACGAUACCGUAUUUUUCCCCGACGACCCGGACAUCUACAUACUCUUCUGUUUACUUUGUAUCUCCGUUUGUUUCUUUUCCUGUUUGUCUUUCUUCUUUUCUCUUCUUUUUUUUUUUUAACUUGUCAUGGACUAGGAGAGCACAGACUGACAAAACGAAUCAAAGCGUUAAUGCGUUGAACCGAUUCACUUCGGCCCAGCGACCGACUUGCUGGCCUCUCUUUUACUUUUUAAGCCUAGGUUACGUAAUGGUGGCGGUUACGAGAACCGUGGAAGCGUCCGGAAACGCGGAUCGCCGGACCUUUGGAUGCUCGUUCGCGUCACUCCGCGAUUAGGUGGCUACGCGUCGACGAGGCGACGUGGAAAUUCGUUCGUUCCUGCCUCUUUUCCACUUCGUCGUGGUUAUACGCGAUGCACAAAAGAAAAGCGUGGUGGAAAGAAAAUCGGUUCGCGAGACAAGGCGUGUCUCCUUCCCGCCGGAAAAAUCGUUUAAUCACCUUGACGCGAAGAUCGUUCGGGAAACGUAAUAGGUAAUAUUGAUUUCUAAGAAUAACUAUAUCGAGAGACAGGAAAUAUUGACUACUCUAGGUCACUUCCCCCGCUAUCGUUGGCAGCUGAGACGAGUGCCUCUGAAAGGUACACGCGGUUCAAUUAUUUUGUCCAUACUAAAGUAAUUAUUAUUAUUAUUAUCAUUACUAUUAAACAAUGUACAUGUAUUGUAUACAUGAAAACAGAGGCAGCUUAUCAACUUAACCUCGAAUUUAUUAUACAAAUAUAAAGAAACACGAACAGACAAGGUCGGACAACCACUCAAAUUCGCGAUCAGAAGCCGAGCUUAUUAAUUUUUAUGUUUCUUCAGUUUGAAGAAUCCAUCGAUUCGUAUACCUUGAUCAUCUCGAUAAACUUCUAAGAGCAUUUUACAUGCCGGAUGCAUAAAUUGAACGCCAACGGAUCAUUUACAGUCUCCGCAAUUGAAAUUUAGCGCGCACUAGUUUAUGUGUCUAUCAAAGACACGUCCGAACGUUCCGAAUGAACAGUUUCGAUGAAACAAGUACUUACAAAAGAAUAUAAGAAUCAUUUUUGUUUCCGCUGUUCCUUCGUGUUUUCCUUAACACAUUGUACGCCGACCUUCGCUGUCGCGGAAUUUCCAGUCUAUCGUUCUAAAUGUAUACAGGUUUUAUGCGUUGCUAUGUAUGUAACUGUUGUCGUUUGUUUGUUUUUUUCUGCAUUUGUUCUACUCCUUAAAGAAACAAGAUACAAACGGACAAAAUUUGUAUAUUUUAUUUCAUCUGCUUUUAAACAUCUAAAGCUAGUGCCGGUACUCAGUCUUUCAGCGGUUGAUAUUUACUCGGUGUACAAUGUGUUCAGAAAAUGAUAAAAUUUAACGCAAUGCUUAUUUAACUAGAUGUAUUGUAAUCAUUUUAGAACGGCGAUAUACAUAAUAAGGGCUGAUUUUUUGUCGUAGAGAAAAUCCUUGGAAGAAUCACUGAUGUUUUGGGAUAAAGCCGGGGAUAGCGUGGGAUUCUGUGCACUGCCUAACCACUAAAACCUUUAUCGUGUCCCUGGAAACGUCAAUGAUACGUUGUUCAGUGUUCUUUUCCCUCGCACACCUGCGCCAAUCCGGUGGUUUAACCCUUUGCGCUCGGGUGGCGCCUGUAGGGCGACAUAUGUAAUUUAAGAGUGAUUUUGUGAACGUACAAUUUGAAAUUCACAUACAUCAGAAUACAACUGAUUAUUAAUUGAAAUAAUAAUACAUUGAGGCAUGAAUGUUCGUAGAUGUUUUUCUUCGAAGUAGAGUUUUUGGUUUCACAGAAAUUUAUUAUAAAAAUGGACUUGAUUUGAUUCUAUAGAAAAAUGCCUCGAGCGCAAAGGGUUAACAACCAUUUCCGUUCUAUAGCUCUCCUUCAUCUUGACGACGGGACGAGAACUCUCGGGCUGUGUGCAAUGAUGUUUUCGUGAAGUAUACCGUAGCAUUCGUUUGAAAUUUACUUCUCCAAUUUACUAAGAACAUCCGAAUGUAGUAAACGCGAAAGAGGCACGGAAAGGUCAAGUUUACGUUUUAAGAGAGUUGAUGAAUUACGCUGAUCGUGUUGGUCCAAGUGGCUGAAUUGGCUGAAAAUGCAGUUCGUGAUGACAAGAAAACCAGAAUCAUUCCGAGGCAUCAGAACUUGCCAUCCGUAAUGACGAGAAAUUGAACAAAUUGCUUGCUGGCGUAAGCGUCGCUCAAGGUGGUAUAUUACCGAACCUACAAGCCGUUUUGUUGCCGAAGAAAACCGAAAAGAAAGCUUAACACAUUAAUACAAAUAGCAAGCACCACCGAACGAUCGUCUACGGCCUAUUGUGAGUGUAAAGCAGCGAAGAAACGGGCAUUCUCCUAACACUGUUGCGGUUAUCGGUCGUUAGGACAAUGAUGGAGGACAAACAAUCUCAAACGGACUCGAAACCUACGGGUUUGAUGUAACAAGCAGAGCGUAUAUUGAGUUCGGUACCUUGUUGUUGUCUUAUGCAUUAGUAACAUUGAAUCCGAGAGCAACACUCCUUGCAAUUGCACAUGACUAGAGUUUUACGGGGGCUCCAAGUACUUGCCUCAAUGAAAUAUGAUAAUAGAGAGGGUUAGUUUCUCCUUUCUCGUUUUUGGCCGGGUGACUCCACUGUCCUCUCCCUGGAAGGCGACCGGCGGUAGAUCCUGCCGUUCUCUCCAUCCCAGGGCGGCCAGGAAGAGUCCCUGUACUCUCCCGUUAAUCAGGCGACCGGCGGUAAUUCCAGCCGUUCUCUCCUGAGCUGCUAAAGGCGUCCGAAAGCUAGGCUUCGUACUCUCCUUACUCAUUAGGCGACCGUGGUAAUUACCUCGUUCUCUCCUAUGAGUACAGCAAAGAAUGCCCCGUCCGCUACGGCGAGAGCGAUUCUUAUACCCGAUCGUUGCUAACAGACCGCAGUCAAUCAACAAGCCGCGUUACUAUGCGGGCGCGUUCGCGAGCGUUCGCGAGCGUUCGCGAGCGUUCGCGAACGUUCCCCGCUCGCCCGACCCCGCUCGCCUACCGAUGGUCGAGAAAUUUCGAUCGCGAUUUUCUGGUAUUGUUACACUUCUUUUUUUAUAAUCAAUGAUUUUCUACAUAUUCUCGGAAAUCUAGAAUAGAUAUAGUCCAAACAACAAUUAUUAGUUUAUAUAAUUUGCGAAAUUAACAAGAAAAUACGAAAACUUGGUAGAAAUAUAGAAGUAAGUAUUCGUAUUCUUCUUAUUGACGAACUGUUUCGUACAAAUUAGAAAGCAUGAAAUUUCCAGUAAAUAGGGAAAUGGAAGAAAAUCCCAUCCCGAAUAACGUCAACAUUUUAAUGUGUAACAUGUUAAUUUAAAUUUCGUUACUUUAUAUAAAUAAUUAAUUUUUUUGUACUGUGUCUGUUCUAGAGAUUUUCGAGAAUAUGUAGAAUGUCAUUGUUUAUAAAAAAUAAGUUAAUAAAUUGCAAUUUUACAUAAUUUUCUUUUAAAUUGAUCGGUGUACGAAUACUUUCUACACCCACUGUAGCUUGCCCAAAGUGAAUUCCACGCAGAGCUCUAAGGCGCGUAACACGCAACUCUAAAUCCCCCCUAUCAUAUCUAAAGUUCGAGGACCACCGUAAUGGUUUUAGUCCACUCUCCUGGCUAGUGAGACCAGCAAAACGAUGAUAGCAAGAACUAAACCUCGUUGAAUUCAUGUAACUCCGAUUCAUCCAGCUUCGAUUUAUUGAGACAGGCAAUGAAAAGGCUCGUUGCGAUUGCAGUCGUCGUAAAGACUUUAGUAGCUUAACCCAAACUCGAAGUAGAAGAGUCUUCUGUGUUUCUGCUGCACCGGGAAGGUUGUCAAAUGGUCCACGCCUACAAAUGGACGGCGAACAUGUCCCUUGGAUUGGGAAGGAGAAUAUUAUUAUUUUAUUAUUCUUUCCAAUCGGGGAGCCAGGUGCCAGAAAACAGUGAUGGGUACUACCCUAGACUUCGAAUAAAUCUGAAGUUUGCCUAGAAAAUGUUCAACAGAAGAAACGAGACAAACAUAUCGGCAAACUUCAGAUUUAUUCGAAGCCUAGGGUUUUGUCCAUCACUGUCAGAAAGUACCCAGAAACGCCAGUGGCUAUCAAAGCCAGAGUCCAAACAUUUCAUCCACAACCUCAUCCUUGCUUAAACCUCGCCUACUCGGAUCGUGGCUGGGGGUGGCUUUCACCGAGAAGAAUAAAAUCCUAUUAACCUCGGUUUUAUGGAAACUCGCUGCCAGUCUCAUCUCCAAGAUCUUGCCAACAAGAUUUUGCAAAGGAAGAUGGUUCUCUCUCACUCCUUUUCGAUGACAAGUACCAAUAUGUCAUCUGCAUAACGUAUGAUGCUCAAUAGCUUGCAGAAUUGUAUCGUAUCCGUGCGUCAUCAUUACACCAAACAAGCGUUUCAGUUUGCACAUGAAUGCUAUACAAACGCCUUGGAAAUACUCCUCUCAAUGGAGAUCGUCGCUUUAUCCACCUCUGCUACACUUCGAAACGGAUAUCUAUCACGCGAGUUAUGUCAAGGUUUUCGAUACGAAACGACACAACCGAUGGUCCACUUUAAUGGCUUUAACCGUAUAGGCAAGCAAACGUUUAUCGUCGUCUUUAAUGCUUACAUAUCAUCUUCAGCAAUUUUAUUCACUUCUUCGACUUCAAAGUACGCAAUUCCAGGGCUGGCGCAAGGUUCGGGUUUAUGAGGCCCUCCGGUUUACGAAAAUUAUCCAAUUAAAAGGCACCGAUUGUGAUUAACUUUUUACAGAACGAUGAUACCAUUGCAACAGAUGCAAGACAUUUUUUUAUAGUAACGACGAUUCAGUUUGCAGGAAUGACAAAAAUCAUCAAAGUAUUAUUAUUUAAUAUUCAUCUUAUCAAAAAUAUAUAAUAUGUAACAGCAUUUAGGACACCGCAAAAGGUCACGCCGGCCCAGCACAAUUAAAUCAGUGUACACGCUUACUGCGAUUAGCGAUCCUCUUCCCGUCUUUGGGUUAAGUGUACUGAAUAUCCAUGGCUGGGCGAUUCUUGAUACCUUGAAAAAUAUUGUAAGUGCCUUACCGUCACGAUCCAGACUAUCUUUAUUCUAGCCAUCGAGUACGAUAUCGUCAGAAUUCAAUGCAGGUUGUCCGCGUGGCACCCACGAGCAAAAGGGUUUGGAAAUGUUAAAGUGUCGUAAAUCCGGCCAGCGGCAUGUAUUAUUAUGUCAUUAUCUAUCCAGGUAUUUUAUUGGACAACAGGAACAUAUUUCUGAUGGUUAUUCGAAAAAGUUUACAGAUUAUUCACGUAGCCAACAGACCUUGGCAACUUGAACAACGUGUCCAUAUGAGAUAGACGUUCCGAAUCUCGAUGAAACAAACGAAUGGUGUCUAUGUCACUCAAAACUGUUUGACUUUCAGGGUAUACCUGCGUAUACCUUUCCUUUUGGUCAGAGAGAGCAUCCGAUAAAGCUUACUGAAAAGGAAUGUCCCACAACCGUGGUAUUGCCUUCCAUGCGUUAAACUAAACCGUUAACAGCGGAUAAUUCUUGAUCUAAUUGUAAGCCAACACCUUUUGUCGACAUUGCGAGCGGGACACUGCAAAAUGUGUCACAUUAUUUUAAUACUAAAAUUAACAAGCCAAUCGAUUCACCCAGAUGACACCAGACCCGAUACAUUUUGAACUUCUUUUUACAAUUAUUUUUUGUUGCAAGUCUUUAAAUAUAACUAUCGAAUGAACAUUAGGUAUACUUUUAUAGUAAUUUUAAGGUGUAGGAGAACGAUGCAUGUCGUGGAAUUUGUACACAAGGACGUACUCUCGCGUUCAGUCCUCGCAAAAUUGGCUAAAAGUAAGCAACCUCCCUGCGUGUGUAUACAUAUAAAUAGUAAAGGGCACUCAAACGCUUCACCAUCUUUCGUUAUGAGCCUGCUUCCAAAAAUCAAGAAUUGAAAAACAAUGUGGGACAAUUUUUGAUCAAGGAAAGUAUAUUUAAACAUGUAACACACCAAAUUUUGACGGUCAUUUGGGGGUCUACUAAGUCAUUUACUAAAUUUGUUGGAGCAAAAUUAGCAAAACUUGUUCUGGAUCUAUUGUUUUAACACUUUAUUUACCGGGAGCCUAUUUAUAGGCUUUUUAAUUGCAGUAUUUAGUUAUUCGAAUUUAUUUACUGUGUUGAUGGUUGUCUACUUACAAUGUUCAGUGCUUGGUAACAGUAUGAAGGAAUUAUUGUCAGGCUAGAUUGGCAUAUGCUACUGUAAACAAUUCUUUUUUUAAUUAAAGUCUGCUUCUAAAUAGCCCGGUAGAUAAAGUGUUAAUAUUUAACUCACGUAUCGUAUGCCCUGGUAGCGUUUAAAAAGCUCAGGAACAUGUGCACUAUAAUGCAUAUGAUUAACAUAAAUAAGAUGUGGCCAAACGGUGGGGAUAGUGACCUUGAGAAUAACAUUUCUUGACUCGUCUAGAACAAUAGCAAACGUAUUCUGCAUACACUUAGCAGACACCAUGUAUAUACAGUAAUAUACGAUAUGUAUGUCUAACAUAAGCGAAGAAAAAGAAUUCUUGUGAAGUUUACUGAGAAAGUUUUAUGUAAUCUAGAACAUUCAAUGGCUUCACAAAUUCCGACACUUAUCGUUCAACUCAGGUGUUAUUUAUUUAUCCAUAUAAUAACUGAACGAGUACUUUUUCAGAAAAUAAAAUAAAAUUCAUACAA